CUGUUUCUGCACAUGUCAGUUCUUGUUCUUGCUUUUAAAACGUCCUCUAAAGAAAUAGAGUGAUGGGGUUAGUGUGAAGGGUAGCAGAUUUAUGCUAAUAUUUGCUAACUAACAGCCUUUUAUUAUUUAAAUAUGACGUCUAGGGGUACCCCGAGUCGCUUUCUGCAAAGUGUUCUUCAAAAUGGUGUGGGACGAUACGUUUGUCAGCUGAAGCGCAUCUCUCUUAUAUUCUCAAAGAAGGCGCAGAGUUCACUGGGAGUCAGGGAAUACAUUGAAGAGGGUGUAGUGGAUUUCGCUAAAAAGAACCCGGGGACGGUGGUCUAUGUCUCGCCUCAGUCCUGCAGGAUCCCCAAAAUAGUCGCAGAAUACUUGAACGGAAACGUGAGGGAGGAGAUGGUCACGGCGAAGCCGUCGCGGGAGGUGGCCGCGCUGGUGCAGAAGCUGUCGGAGCAGUCGGGCCUGGACGUCAUCCGCAUCCGCAAGCCCUUCCACACCAGCAGCCCCAGCGUCCAGGGCCAGUGGCACCCCUUCACCAACCGGCCUCCCUCCAUCGGCCCGAUUAAGCCACAGGACUCCCAGGCCCAGUGAACGGGACAGCAGGGGUCCGCAGCCCCCCCCCCGCUGGCGGCGACCUCGGCCACAAAUGCACCACCGUCGCCCUCCAGUAGGGGGCGAUGGAGGGACAGUGCCCCCAUCCAACCAGUGCUGCAGCACGACUGAAGGAGAGGCAAGAGUUUGGCUCUGACUGAGGAAGGCCACACUACUCAGUUCUCUAUUAUCAAGGACUGAACAGAUGCAUCCCGUCUAUGAAAUGGCAACUCGAGAAGCGUUUUCAGCACUGUCGUAAUGUGUUACAGCAAAUGAGAUCAAGUUGUCUCACCUUAUGACAGUGUGACAGGCUUGCUGAUGGAAUAAUUUCAUAUUGGCCUGGGGGAGAUGAGAUUGUCCAAUCCAGUAGGCUGCAGGCUCCAUUUUGGAACCUGUACCUGUUUGUGUUCUGUGUAAUAAAGUGGCUGCUGUUUUUUGAUUGACAAACAA